CCACACCCAAGGAUAACCUCCAUGCCUCUGCCUCUCUCUCUCUCUCUCUCUCUCUCUCUCUCUCUCUCUCUCUCUCUCUCUUACAUCUAUCCAUUUUCCUCUCAAAAACCUACCCUUUGUUGUAUUCGACUCUGAGGGGGAAAAUGCACGCCUGACCCCAUUCUUUGCCUUCCAACACUUGAGUGGAUGCUCUACUUUUUUUUUGCUACCUGUGGAGGUUCCCUUCUUUCCCGGUUCUUCCCAAGCCAGUAAUCACGUUGAGCGCAGCCCCGCAGACAGGCAGCAUGCUGGGAUUGGACGCGUGUGAGUUUGGGGGUCAGGUGCUGGAGCUGCUGUGGCUAACUAUGUGCUACAGAGGAUUCCUGAUAGAAAAGAGGGAAUUGCCCUUGGAGGAGGAAGAAGAUGACAGGAACCUCAACUACAAUCCUCCAGCCCAGAAGACUUUGCAGGAGAUUCAGGAUUUGGACAAAGAUGAUGAGAGUCUGGUAAAAUACAAGCAGACACUGCUGGGGGUCCGGCCAAUGAUGGCAGACUUCUCAGGCCCGAAUGUCCAAGUGACCAAACUGACCCUGUUAUUUGAUGAGGCCCCUGGACCAAUCACCAUCAACCUAACAGAUGUGACCAGCGAGAAGGAGCAGACGUUCACCUUAAAGGAAGCAGUCAAAUACAGGCUCAAAAUACACUUUAAGGUAAACAAAGAAAUUGUCGCUGGCUUGAAGUACCAUCAUGUGAGUUUCAGAAAAGGACUAAAAAUGGACAAGGUGUCCUACAUGAUGGGCAGUUACUGUCCUCGUGAGAACGAACAUGAGUUUGUGCUCCCCUCUGAAGAGACGCCUCAAGGCUUGGUUUCACGUGGUCUCUAUCAGAUCAAGUCCCACUUCACUGACGACGACAAGAACAUCUACUCGACCUGGGACUGGAACCUUGAGAUCAAGAAGGAUUUGGACGAGUAGAGGUGCCCUUCUUCUUUAUUCUCUCACUCCUUGACUCUCUUCCCCUUUCUUCUUCCCGUCAACCAAAGAGCAUCUUUGUAAAAACAGGAUGCUCUUCUUGUUCUCUUAUCCGCGUCAAUGUACGCAACUCUCAAAGGGACACUAAGAGAAGUGUAGCUCCUCUGGUCUGCUUUUGUCUUUGCAUUAAAAACAUUGUGAAAUAUCCAUAUUGUAAGGCUUCGAGAAGCCAUUCUCCUUAUCCCAUCAUAUAACGUCACCUAGCAACAGUGGAUGUUAUCAAACUGCAAGCAAAAAGAGAAAGUCCAUGAAAAAUGAAAAUAUGCUAUUGUUGCGCUUGUUUUCAGUGGCCUAUAUGGUCUGUUUAUUAUGUCAUAAAUUUUACAAGUCGUAAUAUCCAGGUUUGGUGAACUGGAGUGCAGCACAAAAUACGACAAACAUUUAAUAGCAUCCAAAAGAAGAAACAAAAAAUGUAGGGACAUGCACAAUAACCUCUGUCUCAACAUUGUGCUAAAAUAUUAAAGAGUUUUAUAAUUAAUUGCAGUAAUUAGAGGUAAUUAUUCUUCAAAUAAUAUUUAAUAUUUACUGUAGAUUAGUACAAAAAUUGAACUAGCAUAUUACGUAUUAUAGGAAUGACUAAAUACUGAUCUUUUCAAAAGAUGAACAUUUCAAGAUGAGCUCACCACACAACGUACACUUUUUGCAACAUGUUUUGCUUUCAAAGCAGCUGUUCUUUCAGGUCUUUUUGGAGCUUUUUGGACCAUUGAAAGACUGAAACUGAAAAGUUGGACUGUGUAUAUUGUAGAAAGAAACGCAUGUUUUAGGAUUUGAUACUUAUUACAAUCAUUCACAUUAAAGUAAGACAACCAAUGUAUAGAUAGGACACAAGAUGUGAAUGUUUGCUGUGAAUUUACACUGACAUCAUCAAAUGAUAUCCAAUGUAAGAGCUGUAUCCCAAAUCCUGCUUUUACAAAGAAAAAAAAGCUCAGUUCACUUCACAUAGUGGUAUUAAUUCAACAAUACAAUGUAUUUACUAUGUUGUGCUUGUAGUUUGCAGUGUGUGAAAGGCUAUUAGAUCUCAUUUGAUUCUGCUGGUGUACAUAAUAUUGGUGAUUAUGGAGAGAAAUUUGAGAUAUGACAUGCAUUUAGGUGUGAUUAAUUCAUUCCCAGUAUAAAAACUGACUCAUGUGUUAAGAAAGGAUAUUGUCAUUUUUGAUGAAAAUAAUGACCAAUGAAUUUGUUCAACUUGUUGUAAUCAAAUAAUUACUGUAAACGUGGGCUUGUUGGUUGUUGCAUGGUUUAGUGAGAGAGUAUCUCUUUGUUUUUAUACGUCAUUGUAAAAAUGUGGUUACAAAAAAAAAAAAAACACUGUGG